AUGAAUAGUCGACGUCGAGUUCUAACGUAUAAAAACAUGUGUUGUCUUACGGUAACUGCCAGUACUACGGAUCCCGGUAUACUUGUCUUAGUAGCUGGUGAUGGUGAUUAUGAACCUGCAAUAAGUGAGGCUAUAAAAUUCAAUUGGACGAUUGAAGUAUGGUUUUGGUCAUCAGGUGAUAUGGUGAGGGUAGAUCACACUUGGCAUGUAUUUCAUUUAUAG